AUGCUCCGGUCCAACAGCUCUGCGCCGUGGACAGGAGUGCCUCUGUCUGUGGACUUCUCUCGUCCAGAACACUACAUUGUGUUCCUCUUCCAGCUCCUGUUCGCCUCCUGCACCGUCCUUGUGGCUGGGAGCGUCGCCGUCAGUAUCCUGGCCACAAGAGCGCUGCGCCUUCAGAACCGCUUCCUCUUUAUGCUCAACACCAGUGUGUGCGACACGCUGGUCGGCCUGUCCGUCUACUAUCUGGGGCUGUUUGAUGUGAGCGAGGGGUAUCCAUCCAGGAAUGGGACCCUCAACUUCCUCCCGUCUCUUUUAGGCGUUAAUAUGUUGACUUUUAUGUUUGCUCAGUUCGACCGGUACUUCGCCGUGUGCCACCCGUUCCUGUAUACGCGCUACUUUACGCGCCGCCUCGUGAUAUGCGUGAACAUCUACAGCUGGGUUCAGGUAUUUUCACAGGCGACUAUUCUGUAUCUCAUCCCGCUUUCAAUGGCUUUUCAGAUGUACGCGUUCAGCAUGGUGUACCUACAGCUUAUAGUCCUCACUAAAGUAGCCAUGACCAUUAAACUGUAUAUUGUGGCCAAGUCUCAGAUGCAGCGAGAGCCUCCAGGUCCAGAAAGAGAGAGCAACAAGGAGUCUCUGAGAAUGAUCGUGUUUGUGGUGAUCAGCUUCUUGAUCCUCUGGUCUCCUUCUAUAGUGAACAUACCCAUGAGGCUGUUUGGACGCGGAGUCACUUUCCACAACGAGGCCACAAACCUGUUCGCCAUCAUGGCCCGGGGCAGUGCACUGGUGACUCCGGCCGUGUACAUCUGGGGCAGUGCGGCUCUGAGACGCGCUCUGCUCCGUGUGGUGUGGGGGAGACUGUGUCCGUGCUGCAGGCGGCGGGAGGAGGGAGAGACCCCCGCAGCGCUGAGGGACAACCGCGUACAGCAGCAGCGCUUUCCGACGGAUAACACAAACAAAUGA